CGUCUUUAACCUUAACGUUAUAAUUUAAUUUUACCAAGAUCCCCAAAUUCACGCAUAAACCCUAGAUUCUACCGUAACUCUGAUUUCCCCAAAUUGAGCGAUUGCGACGGUGAUUGAAAUGGAUCAGACUCCACGGCGGAAUGUUCGUCGGAAAUUGGUUCAGUCGACGUUGCUCCCUCAUAAAUCGGAUGCGGUAAUUGAGUCUAACGGAGAUCAGAUGUGCGAUGUCGGUAAUAAGGAGGAAGGCGAAGGAGGAGAAGUAGGAGAUGGUGGUUUAUGUAGUAGUCAAGGGAAGAAGACGAGAAAACAGAAAGAGAGGACUCCGAAGAACGGAGCUACCAAGAAGGUGGCUAAAGGAAAGAGUCCUCGAAAAACAACGCCAAAGAAAACUGCAACUAAAAACGGAAUUGUAGCUGCUGCUGAUCAGAUGGUUGCUGCCAAUGUUUCACCUCCAGUUCCCAAUUUGCGUCUGGAAGCUAAGUUAAGAGCUGAGGAAGAUUCUCGGAUGUCUGCUGGCAAGCAAAUACAUCCGUUUUUCUCGACUUGGAAAGGCGGUAAAAGAAAUCAAGAAGCUGCUGCAGCAGAGAAUGGUACGUGUCAGGGUCAAGGAAGAGAUAAAAUUGUCACCAUUGGCCCUAUCCAUGUAUUUGAGAGGUUUCAGGAUGAUUAUCAAACCACCCUUGAUUGGAAGAACUGGACUUUCUAUGAGCAAACAUCCACCACUGAGAAUGCGGAUCAACAAAUGAAUUUUGACUCUCUUGAACCCCGACCCAAGGAGUUUGAUUUAAAUGAACUGCCAUCUCUUUCACAUCCUGACGUGUGUGUCAUCGAUGAUGAGGAGCCUGAACAAUGUGUUAGUCAAUCAGAACGUAUCGCAGAGGCAUCUCCGGUAGUCUUAAUAGCAGACCAGGAGGAGAAACGUGGGUACCUUGGCUCCUUAGAUGGAGCAGAAUCGGAUUGUGAAGUUCAUGAAGCAAUUAACUUGUCUGAUGAUGCUGGUGGUGCAGCAGACAUUUCUCAUGAAAUGCAACACCUGUCAUGUCGAGAAAGUAAUGACUCCAGUGGCCAGCCUCGUAAUAGCUUAUGGGUAGAUAAGUACCAGCCAAGAAGUGCCUCGGAGGUAUGUGGUAAUACCGAAUCUGUAAAAGUAAUGAAUGAAUGGCUGCGCCAAUGGCAGGAGAGAGGGUUUCAGCCAAACAAAGACUUUUUGAGUAGUGAUGAAGAUAAAUCGCAAGAUGCUGACUACAACUGUUCUGAAAGUGGCUCUGACUCAGAAAAUAUUGGUGCUGAAGAUCGCCUGAAAAAUGUGCUCUUAAUCGUUGGUCCAGCUGGGAGUGGGAAAUCUGCAGCUAUUCAUGCAUGCGCCAAGGAACAAGGAUUUAAAAUCCUAGAGUCCAACACAUCAGAAUGCCGAAGUGGAACAGUAAUUAGGCAGAAAUUUGGGGAGGCUCUCAAGUCAUAUAGCCUGUCAAGGUCCUUGGACCCUCUUUUCAAUUCCUGUACUGAUGGCAAUGGGGUAGAGGAUGUAAUGGAAGUGGUACCCGUAUUACAUAUCCAGAAUGAUGGAGCUAACUUGAAGCCUUUAAUUCUCUUUGAAGAUGUAGAUAUUUGCUUUGCUGAAGAUCGUGGUCUCGUUUCUGCUAUCCAGCAGAUUGCUGCGAAAGCAAAAGGGCCUGUGGUAUUGACUACCAAUGACAAGAAUCAUGGUUUACCAGACAACUUAGAGAGGAUAGAAAUAUACUUUUCAUUGCCAUCAAAAGAAGAACUAUUUAGCCACCUUUCUCUGGUUUGUGCAGCAGAGGAAGUUAAAGUUAAUCGUGGUUCACUAGAGCAAAUGACCACGUCUUGUGGUGGUGAUAUACGGAAAGCAAUUAUGCAAUUGCAGUUUUGGUUUCAGAGUAAACCGAAAAGAGCCAGAAAGGUGAAGAACACAGGUAAUCAAGAUCUCUUUGAUCAUGAAGCUGGCCACUUGCUGCUUCCCAAGAUAAUUACACGGGAUUUCCCUUCUCAGUUAUCUCAGUUGGUGGAGAAUGAGAUUGCUAAGGUAUUAUCUAUAGAAGAGGAAAGCUAUAACACAGUGGAAGUACUUGUUGAAGAGGUUGAAAACGAAAAAAUGCUUAAUAGAUUAUGGAGGCGGGGCGCAGGAAAGAACAGCAUACAAGCCAAGAAAACAGCCAUGUUCAGGCAGAACACUACUUUUGAAGAUUAUGAUGAAUUAGAAGACGUCUUAAGUAUUCCGUGUGAACUUAGCAACACUUCCUACCAACCACUCUCUUUCUCUCAGCCAAACAGAAGGCGGAAGCUCAAUGUUGUGAUGUCCUCUGAUUCAGAAGAUGAGCCUCUGACUGACAUACGGGUUUCCAUUGCACAACAUCAGAAGGACGACAGAUUGAUUUUCCAAGAAGAUGGUACGUUGUCCUCAUAUUGGCCAGAUAUGCAAAAGGAAACAAACCUAUUAGCUGAUCCUUCAGUUCCUUCCAGAGCAGAAAUAUUGGAGGCAACUUGUUAUCAGUAUGAGACAUCAAAAUUCUCUUGCAUUAAUGAGGUGUCCCAGUCAGUUGAUGUAUCAUGUGUACCAGAGUCUUCGUAUGUUCCAGAAACUUUAAUGGAUGGUGAAGCUGAGCUGUCGCCAAGAGCGGUAUCUUGCGGACAUUUUGAUGGAAGAGUAGAAGUGUCCAUGAAUGAGGACGUUGUACAGACUCCCCCAUCAAAAGAGAUAUACAUAGACAGAUUUCAGAUUUUUGAUUGUUUAAAGAAUACAUGUGAGAUCAUUGCAGAAUCUUCUGAUGCGAUGGUGAUGGAAAACUGUUACAAGGAAUAUGUAGGGACUGCCCAGAAGAUGCAACCAGUUUCAGAUGAAUGCAGUCGUAUAGAUUUUGGUAAGACAUUCAAGAUGGCUCAGAAACCGAAGCUUGAUACCUCUAAAUCUGCUGUGCAAGAAUCAUGGGAAAAAAUCUGUUUGAGUCAUGCUGAUUUCAAGCCAUACUUGGAUUCAGAACCUGUAGAAGCUCCACAAGUUCUUGAUCUCACUCACCAGAUAACCAAUCUAAUUUCAGAAGCUGACCUAACACAUUUUAGAUGCCUGAACCUUGGAGCUUUGGAGCCAAUGAUGAACGCUUCUGGAGAUCUUGAUACGUCUGGUUUAUCUCAGAUGCUUGAACAGAUGACUUCCACUGUGGCACAGCAAGAAUUUUGCUUUUUCACAAACCAAAUUACUACAACAGGAACCGUUCCUACUUCAUCAGCCACCAUGGUACCAGGAAGAGGAUUAGCACUAGACGAGGCAAGACAGGAUUGCACAUCGAGCAAUGGAAGCUCCUUGAAUAUAAACCCAGACUUGUUAAAAUGUAAGCGAAUGGUAAGGCUUUCCGGCAUAUUAGAGUCAGUAGUCCCUCUGAGAUCAUUGAAAGGAAGAGCUUUCCAUGAAUAUGCUUCAUUCAUAGGGAAGAUUUCAAGAGCAGAUCCCUCCAACUUAUCCGGAGCCAUGGAGAAAGGCAGACGGCGAAGGUCAAGAGAAGCUCGACAUUAUCUGUCAAUGGAACUAUCCUCCGAAGAUAUUGCAUUAUUGGGCCAACACAGCACAUACAGUAGAAAUGAAUAAUAAAGCAGUUUCAGUUGUAUAGAAAUUAGAACAGCUCCACACUUCAAGAAGAGUUUUUAUUUUAAACUUGUUUGCUCAGAAUUAUCUUAGCCGAGAUGAUUCUCGCGACAUUAGUGAAUAUACACAGAAAUUUCAA